UUGCGCCAUUCUCUGUCAUUGAGUGAAAACAAGAGAACGCAAAUUGCGCAUCAAUUUAUUUCUUAAAGUGUUAAAAAGGUGUUUAAAAUAAUGUCAGAAGCACACUUCGAUCAAUACGAGCAUUACAAUUACGAAUACGACAAGCAGAUAUUCAGCGGGCACGGGGGCAAGCAAAGGUCGAAAAAGGAGUCAGAAGUUCACACGAAUCGCAACGACCCGAGCGGACACUCUAGGAAAAUCUUAACCAAGUUAAUGAACACUGAAAAUAAUAAGAAGUGUACAAAGAACUAAUUAUGGCCGCUGGAAUGGAAUGCCGUUCGGUUUACUACGCGAUAUUUUUAGAUCCGAUCGCACAACUAGGCAUGUCGGAAAAUGUUGGAUUCUAAUGCAAACAAGAAAAUAACCACAAAAAUAAAGAAUUAAACCAUUUUCCAACCAAUAUACAUACAAUACUUUGAUUACAAUUUGUAUUGAUUAUUUUGUUCUAUCGUAUUUUCUAAGAACUUUAUUAUAAAUUAUCAAGUAGCAUGUAGUGUUUCUUGUCUGUGA